AUGGCGGGAGUGAACGGAGAUCGGAAAGGAAAGAAAGAUGAUAAUGGCCUCAGCUCAGCCCUCGACUUCGUGCUCUCCAACGCCAAACUGGUGCUGGGGGUCGGAGGAGCUGCCAUGCUGGGCAUCGCUACACUCGCUGUCAAGAGAAUGUACGACCGUGCCCUGAGUGCUCCCUCCAGCCCCACCAAAACCAACCAAUCAGGAAAGAGGAGCUGGGAGGAGCCGAGCUGGCUGGGAUCAUCUCCACGUACACUAAACCGUGACAUGAAGCAGAACAUCAGCCGAUCGCUGCAGACGCUCCCCACAUCCUCCAGCUCGUUUCAGCCCGAUUUUCCACGGAGGGCAGCAGGACGUCCCAGCAGCAGCCGGAGCAGUAGUAAAGCGGCGCUGCAGCGGGGGCGGAUGCGUCUGUCCCUGCAGGAGCACCUGUGGGCGUUUUAUCACGAGCGUGUGAACAUCUCGCCCGAGGAGCAGCAGGCAGCUCGACGUGCCGCCCUCGACAUCUGCGCAGAGCUCCGAGCUUUCAUCCACACCAAAGUGCCGGACAUGCCGCUCCGAGACAUGUACCUCAGCGGCAGCCUCUACCACGACCUACAGGUGGUGUCGGCGGAUCACGCUCAGCUGAUGGUUCCUCUGAUCCUGGAGAAGACUCUGUGGUCCUUCAUCCCUGGUGAGGAGACCAUCAUGAACGUUCCUGGGUUCUGGCUGGUCCGUCGUGAGAACCUGGAGUACUUCCCUCGCGGCUGUAGCUACUGGGACCGCUGCCUGAUUGGCGGUUACCUCUCGCCGAAGAGCGUCCUGGAGGUGUUUGAGAAGCUCGUGACAGGGUGCAUGAACUGGCCGGCCAUCGGCAGCGUGCUGGGCUAUGUGGUCCGUCCCGCUGUCCCGUCACACACCGAGGCGCUCACGCUCUCUCUGGAGGUCCAGUAUGACUCGGAGCGACGGCUGCACAUUGACUUCUUGCCUCUGCUCGUCUCCGAGGACGCCGUGUCUCUCAUCGCAAAGCCACACCGGGAGCGAGAGAACCUCUGGAGGCAAAGUUUUUGGUCAUCGGAAACGACGAAGCUGCUAGCUCUGGACCGAGACGAUAACGGCUGCCGCUGUAUUUGCUUGAAGAUCGCGAAAGCCGUGUGCAAACUGAACCCUGCACUGACGCCACUGAACGCCAGCCACCUUGCCAACGCUGUGCUCCUGCUGAGCGAGAGCGAGCGCGACUGGAGCCGGGAGACGCUGGCCGAGCGCUUCACGCAGCUCAUCCGUGCGUUAGUGGGACACCUAGAGGCCGGGAGUCUGCCCUGCGCCCUCGACCACAAGGUCAACCUGCUGUGUGAGCUCACGCCGCAAGAGGUCGACGAACUGGGGUACACACUGUACUGCUCACUCUCGGACCCAGAGAGUCUGCUCCGAACUGUGUGACACACCCUGCGACCAAACUCGCUCGUGCACCAGUGAGUUCUAUAAGGUGUGUGUGUGUGUGUGUGUGUGUGUGUGUAACGUCUCGCUGCUAAGCUUCAUCAGUGUUGACCAGGUCACCUCGUUCACUCAUCUGCCUGUGCUGUAUUUUUCUAUAGAACAAUUUACAUCAAUAAAACAGUUGUGUGUGUGUGAGAGAGCAUGUGGAUCAGUGAUGUGCAUGUAAGUGUAUGUGCUUGAGAUCAAAACCCUGCCAUUCGUUUUGAUGAAUUCAAAAAUAAUUUAAAUAAAACAGUGCUGAUAUCAUCAAA